UAGCUAUUCAGCUAUACACGUACGUUCGAUCGCGUAUCGUACGAGUGCGAUGCAGAUUGAUGCUAAUCACGUCAACGUUUACAUGCGGGUCAGCCCUCAUAGUGAUAGUGUAAUACCAGCAGUAGUACGGUGUCAGAAGGUGCAUUCUAAUUAUGCCCAACAAGAGUAGAAAAAGGAACAUACCUGAAAGAUGGACGAGUUACAAGAAUGUGGGGAGACCCAUUGUUGGAACCAGGCUCUUAGCAUUUAAAGUACCUUUGACAGAGGCAUCAUGCGAACGUCUGCGUCCACAUGUCAGAUUUACCCCAGCAGACUUGCUAAGGAGUAUGAGAGAUUCUGCACUUCAUCUUGGUCUGGUAAUUGAUCUUACCAAUACGACUCGUUACUACAAUCCACAGGAAUUCACAAAAGCUGGCAUUGAAUACCAUAAACUUCAUACUCGAGGACAUGUUAUACCACACAAGAACAUUGUUCAAAGCUUUAACACAGUUGUCCAAGACUUUCUUAGUCAACAUUCAGAUGAUGAUCUUGUCAUUGGAGUCCAUUGUACUCAUGGUGUCAACAGAACAGGAUAUCUCAUAUGCAGAUACCUAAUUGAGUGUUUAGGCUGGACAGCAGCCAGGGCACAGGCUGAAUUUGGAAAGGCCAGGGGUCAUGAAGUUGAGAGGUCAAAUUACACUGCUGAUCUGCAGGCAUUAAGUGAGGCAAGGCAGGCAUCAGACAGUCCUUCAGGGCGUGGAAUGCAGAUUGAUGAGUUAUCCACACAGUCACCUGCAGCUAGUGAAAGAGGUGUAUGUAGUUCAUCACAUUAUGCCAUAAAUCUCAAGGGACAUGAUUACAGAAGUCCCCAAGGAAUUAACUGGGGAAAUAAGAUCAGUAAAUGCAAGGACCAACAUCGUCAUCAACCUUAUAGUAUUAGUGACUCAAAGACUCAUCAAUACCAAAAGGGACAUCAUCCCAAAAGUAAUGUAGAAGGAAGAAAAGAUAACCCAAGAGUUAGAAAUGGUCCUCAGUGUGAAGGAUGUGACAUCAGUGUUGCCUCUCACCAUUUGCUGGUCGAGCAAGUCUGUGAAAUGUCAGUAAAAAACAGAAACUUGGAGACAAGGAAUACUGCAUACCACAAUCAAUGGCAUUACAACUCAACAAGCAACAUGGACCAGAAAUCUAGUAAUAAAGGUUUUAAGAACAAUCAACCAACAAAGACAAAAAAAUAUAAUAGUACGUCUCCUGCAUACUGGGAAAGCAGACGAGGUCAGUCAGCAUGGUCAAGUUUUCAUGGAUAUCAAAGCUUUCGGUUGUAUAACCAUCAUAGUCACACAUUAAUGUCAAAAAAGAGAAAGAACCGUAGUAAAAGAAUGACUUGUAAGUAGUUCAAAUACAUGUAUAUUUGUGUAUUAAUUUAUCAUGCAACACAAUGAAACAUGCCCUGAAGACAUCGUUGGCUACAUACAGUAUUUGUGUGAAGUAUCAUCAACCAUUGAAUUGAGUCAUGCAUUUGGAUCAUUUCUUGUGUCUUUGGAUGUGAAAAACAUUUUAAUGGGGUAUGUCCCUCCAACCCUGUUGAUUUUGUUGUAUAGGACACUCAGUCAGAAAUUAAUCCCAUUUGUAGCCAACAGAUAAUAUUUUCCCCAUGACUACUGCUAUUUCUGGCAAUUAAUCACACCGGUCAUUUGUGUAGAUAUACAGCAUACCUGUGAUGACCGUUCCAGGAAUGAGGGGUAAUGUUUAGAAAAAAGGUAUGCCAACUAAACUGGACAGCAAAAGAAACUUGCCACUUCUGUCAAAGGCCACACAUAAAAAUUCACUCCAUAGAAAUAAAACAAUUUUUGUAGACAGGUAUGCUGUUCAUUUAGCAUGCAUAACAGGAAGUAUUUAUUCAGCAGCAAGGUAAAUUGUGAUAAUUGCACAGCCCUCAUGCCCCAUAUAUUUACAUGCAUAUCAAAUGUCAGUAAUUUGUGUACUUGGAUGGCUGAGAUGUGACAGGGGCUGAGUCCCCACUCUUGCUUGGACAAGGUUUUUAAAAAUCCUGCAUGUUAUCAACUUUUUGGGCUCUUCUUAAGAGGCUUGAACCUCUUAUGUCAGUGGAAACGUUUGCCUGGUCAAGUUCACAAAAAUAGUUUUCACAUUCAUCUUCAAGUGAUAGAAUCAAUAAAUAGGCUGUUUUAGUUUUUAUCAGAUUUCGGACAUUUAAAUUUGUUUACAUGCAUGAUACUUUUUUUAACCAUUCAAACUUUAAGUUUCGGCAAUCAAUUUGUGAUCAGUUUACUUCACCAGUUGGUUUGUUGGGUCAUUAUAUGUAUGCAUUUGGUAUGCAUUUUCCUUUUAAUGUAAUUCUGCAUAUUAAAUUAUAAGGAAGAAUGUGAAAUUUCACUUUA